AUGGCAUACUCCAACCACACCGGCACCUCGUUCUUCCUUGCGGGCCUCCCAGGAAUGGAGGAUGCACACGUCUGGAUCUCCAUACCCCUUUGCGCCAUGUACGUGGCCUCUCUGGCAGGGAACAGCCUGGUGCUGUGGGUGGUGAGGUCAGAACCCUCCCUGCACCAGCCCAUGUACUACUUUCUGUCCAUGCUGGCCAUCACGGACCUGGGCCUGUCUGCUUCCACGCUGCCCAGCAUGCUCCCCCUCUACAUGCUGGGGGUCAGGGAUGUGGCCGUAGACGCGUGCCUGGCCCAGCUCUUCUUCAUCCACACGUUCUCCAUCAUGGAGUCGUCCGUGCUGCUGACCAUGGCCUUGGACCGUUUCGUGGCCAUCAGCAGCCCCCUGCGCUACGGCAGCAUCCUCACGAGCUGGCGCAUCGCCGGCCUGGGUCUGGCCAUCGUGCUGCGCAGCGUGACUCUGCACGUGCCCGCCCCAGUCAUGCUGAAGAAGCUGCCUUACUGCCGCAGCCGCCUGCUGUCCCACUCCUACUGCCUGCACCCGGAUGUCAUGAAGCUCGCCUGUGCUGACACCCGGGUCAACAGCGCCUAUGGCCUCUUCGUGGUUCUCUCCACGCUGGGUUUGGACUCGGCCCUCAUCCUGCUCUCCUAUGUGCUGAUCCUGCACACAGUGCUGGCCAUUGUGUCCAAGGCUGGGCGCCUGAAAGCCCUCAACACCUGCGUCUCGCACAUUUGUGCGGUGCUGCUAUUUUACACACCUAUGAUCGGCCUCUCCAUGAUCCACCGAUUCGGGAAGCGAGCCUCCCCUUGCGUCAGGGUUUUGCUCUCCUAUCUUCAUUUUCUCACACCUCCAGUGCUUAACCCAGUUGUGUACAGCAUCAAGACCAAGCAGAUCCGGAGGAGGAUGGCGCGCAUCUUCUGCUCAAGGGGCUCUGGUGUCCGAGACACCCAGGGUCAUUAA